UUAAAGAGUCUUAAUCGAGGCCUUAAAUAUAUUAAAUUAAGCUUUUUAAUAGCUAAGCUUUAUAUAUUUAUUAAUGGCUUAUUUACUAAUAAUAAAGAUUUAAGCUCUUAUAUUAGAUUCGAAGUUAUUCUAACUAAUAAGGCAAAUAUAAGAGAGAAUAAGUUUAUAUUCUAUAAUAAUUUAAUUUAUUAG